CCCCUUCUCUCGAACGAGACUUGAGAGCCAUGGCUGUUCGCCCGAAGCCGCUCAUUGUGGGACUCUCUGGAGGCACUGCAUCGGGCAAGACUACAGUGAGCAAGGCGAUCAUCUCUCAGCUCGAAUCAGCGUCUGGAGUCUGUGAGCUCAUCUCGCUGGACAUGUUCUACCGCCCGCUGAGUGCGGCCCAGCAGGAGCAGGCCAAGGCCGACGCCUACAACUUUGACCACCCGAAUGCAAUCGACUUUGAUCUGCUGAAAAAGACGCUGCAGUCUAUUGUGGACGGUGAGCCUGUCGACAUUCCUCUGUACGACUUUGGAGAGCACAACCGAGUGGGCGUGGAGAAGCGCAUUGAGCGCGCCGACGUCAUUGUGCUUGAGGGCAUCUUUGCGCUGUACGACGAGGGUAUCCGUGAUCUGAUGGACCUCAAGGUGUUUGUGGACUCGGACUCGGAUACGCGGCUGGCGCGGCGGGUGCGUCGCGACAUGGCGCAGCGUGACCGGACGCUGGCAUCCGUGCUUGACCAGUAUGAGAAGUAUGUCAAGCCGGCGUUUGAUGUGUACAUUGCGCCGACCAAGCGGUACGCCAACAUCAUUCUCCCGCAGGGUACGUACAACGAGGUCGGCAUCGAGCUCAUUGCGCUGCACAUCCGGAUGAAGCUCGAGGCGAUGCUCAAAGAGAGCGGCGAGAAGUAAACGGCACGGUCAGUUACGA